UCAGGACGACGACGCGACAGAGAGUGGAGUGCGACGUUGAAUGAGUUUUUCUCCGUACUCAAGAGUUUUUCCAUGUUUUUACGGGUUUUCGCGGCUUGCGAAUUUCGCGGGACGUCAGCUAGUCGCGGAAAAGUGGCGUUUCCAGUGUUUCGGUGACCGUUUUUCUAGUGCUUUACAAAUUACCUCCUGUAAACGCGAAGCGGCUGACACAUCGAAGAGAGAGAAAGAUAGAGGGCGACGACAACGACGUGUUGUGCAGGCGGCAGGCGUGUCGGAAGUGUUGCGGGCAAACACCGACGAUGAAAAAAUUUGCCCAGUACAAUUUACCGUUCUUUUGAAAAAUGUUCUAAGUUUUAACCAAACUUCUUCUUCCUUGGAAGUGACCAGCACGAUCCAGGAUUAUUAAAUAGUGCAGCCUAGUGCAUUAGUAGCCGGAAUCACGUGUGAAAUUUAAUUAUCGUCUCGAUUGACAGCGGCAUUUAGCAAGAUGCUCAAGUUUAUCAGAGGGAAGGGCCAGCAACCCACGGCCGAACGUCAGAAGCUGCAAAAGGACCUCUUCGCCUUUCGUAAGACACUGGAGCAUGGAUUCCCCAACAAACCAACUGCCCUCGCCUGGGAUCCAAGUCUAAGGCUCAUGAUCAUUGGGACGGCAUCCGGAGCCAUCAAAGUUUUCGGAAGGCCUGGUGUCGAAUUCUAUGGACACCACAAAAACGAGAGCGGAGAGAAAAAUGCUGUCACGAAGAUCAUCGCCCUUCCGAAUGAGGGUCGGUUGGUUUCGCUCUGCGAUGACAAUUCUCUCCACUUAUGGGAAAUUGACAAUAAUUCGGUCGUUGAGGUAACGAGUUUGUGCCUGGAAGGAAAACUGAAAAAGAUUUCAGCCAUGUGCCUCGAGUCCACAAACGAGCAUCUACUUUUGGGAACAGAAGGCGGCAAUAUCUACCUUCUGAAGUUGAAAACGUUCACGAUAUCAGAAACUAUCAUCUAUCAGGAUGUUGUAAUGCAAAAUGUUCCCGCGGACUACAAAAUUAAUCCUGGAGCAGUGGAAGCGAUUGUGGAACAACCUGGACAUCCAGACAACAUUUUAAUCGGAUAUAAUCGUGGUCUGAUGGUUCUGUGGAACAAAGCAACUCCUGGUGCUCAACAGCUGAUGGGUUUAUUUUCGCGUGCACAGACCUUCGUCUCUACCCAACAACUGGAAUCGGUGCACUGGGUCUCUGAGGCUCGUUUUGUUUCAUCUCACAAUGACGGAUCUUACUCCUUCCGGAGCCCUGGAAGCGAAGCUGAACCGGAACCUAAAACUCUUUACGGACCAUUGCCCUGCAAAUCGAUCUCAAAGAUCUUCGCUUAUCCUACUGACGAUGGUGAAGAGAUGAUCAUCUUUUCCGGUGGAAUGCCACGUGCAAGUUACGGAGAUCGCCACACGAUCACCGUUCUGACAAAAUCAAAACACCUAGCUUUCGACUUCACUUCCAAGGUAAUUGAUUUCUUCGCCGUGCUACCAAAACAGACACAGGAAGAAGGAGAUGACACCUCAGCUUCAAGAAGUCCGGAAGCUCUCAUAGUUUUGGCCGAGGAAGAACUCAUCGCGAUUGAUUUGACACAUCCUGAGUGGAAGAUGAUGGCUCUACCUUAUCUGGUAUCCCUUCACGCAAGUGCGGUAACGUGCUCUCAUCACGUUCCAAACGUUCCCGACGAACUCUGGGACGCAAUUGAAGCUGCUGGAAAAUUACAAACACAGCAUCUCUACUCAGAAAAAUCAUGGCCCAUCGAUGGGGGCAUUCUGUUACCUAAUACAGUUGACGAAUCAGAUAAAGCCAAAAUCAAAGAACUACUGCUAACAGGUCACGAAGACGGAACCGUGAGAUUCUGGGAUGCGUCCAACGUUGCAUUAACUCCAUUGUACAAAUACAAUUCGUCCUUACUUUUCACCGGUGAACACUUGGACGUACUGGAACAACCUGCAGAGGACGAGGAAGACGAGUGGCCACCUUUUAAAAAGGUGGGAACAUUCGAUCCCUAUUCUGACGAUCCUCGACUCGCUGUCAAGAAAAUUUUACUCUGUCCUCUUUCGUCGACUUUGGUGGUCGCUGGCACGGCCGGGCACUUGAUCACGGCAAAAAUCGCCUCGGAAGCUGUAGAGAAGGAAAUUAAGCCAGUCACGAUGAAUGUGGUGAAUGAUCGGGACGGAUUUGCAUGGAAAGGCCAUGACCACUUGCCACCAAGAACUACUAGCAUUUCUUUCGCGGUCGGUUUUCAACCGCAAACUCUUCUGCAGUUGUAUCCUCCGGCUGCAAUUACAGCAUUAGCGAUACAAAGCGAAUGGGGACUUCUUACAGCUGGUACCGCACAUGGAUUGGCAGUAUUUGAUUACACGAGGUCAAAGGCCGUCAGCGUUAAAUGCACACUUAAUCCAAAUGAUCUCUCAGGGGCAGGAGACGCUCCGAUUUCUAGAAGAAAAUCAUUCAAGAAAUCUUUGAGGGAAUCGUUUAGAAGGUUGAGGAAAGGAAGAUCGCAACGCCGAACAAACGCCAACAGUCCAGCUCGAAACACAGUUAUAGAAAAGAAGAAAGAACCGCCAGUUAUCGCUUCUUCUCCGAGCGGUGAAGUUAACCCAGCAGAUUUAAUAAAACCAGUCGAGAGACAAGUGGAGGCAAGACCCGUUGAUGAUGCACUUGGUUCCAUGGUUCGGUGCCUCUACUUCGCGAGAAGUUACAUCAUAAGUAUGCAAAACACGACUCCUACACUCUGGGCCGGUACGAAUAACGGAACCGUCUACGUCUUCACUCUGGCAAUUCCAGCAGGUGCGAGGCGCAAAGAAGAAGAUGUGAAUUGUACUCUGGGUAAAGAAAUUCAAUUGAAACACCGCGCUCCAGUAAUCGCAAUAACCAUACUCGAUGGAGCAAGUAUACCUCUGCCAGAACCUUUUGAAGCAGAGAAAGGAGUCAGCCCAGGACCCGAUAUGACUUCUCCACACAGAGUCGUCAUAGCCAGUGAAGAGCAGUUUAAGAUCUUUAAUCUUCCAUCUUUGAAGCCUUUCUGUAAAUACAAGCUAACAGCCCACGAGGGAUCCAGAGUGCGGAAAACGGGCUUUGCUAAAUUUUCCUGUCCAGUAGAACCUGCGGGUAUCCAUGAAGAAACGUGCCUUCUUUGUCUUACUAAUUUAGGAGAAUGUCUGGUGCUCAGCGUUCCAGAACUGAGAAGGCAGGUUAAUACGGCAGCUAUUAAAAGAGAAGAUAUCAACGGUAUUUCGUCUCUGACUUUCACAAGGUCAGCCGAAGCUUUAUAUCUUCACUCGAGUUCCGAACUCCAGCGAAUUUCUUUAACUCCUUCAAAAGGAAUAAGAGCCCAUUGCUCGUUAAACUUGCCACUAAAUGCAAGGCAGCUUUCCACAGAUACUAAGGAAGACAGUGUCGAAAUAGGGAGCACCGAAAAUGGAACAGAAGACGAAGGUCAGGAUAAUCAGUCAGAAUCGAUCUCCAAAAAUAUCACGGAAAAUGGAUUAUCUGGGUCUACUGAAGGAGAAGAUUCUCCCAAGGGGCCUUCGCUUAAAACUGCUGCAAGCACUACGGACGUUAAUGGAGAUGACGAUCGUCAGGAUCAGAAUUCAGUUGGGGAUAUUACCAUCGAUAGUGUCAAAGAUCAUUUGCUUAACAGUUCGCUUUUUAAAAAUGCGACGUCUUCUGAAGAUCUUCACAGUCGACUGGCAGGACUUAAAAUGGAAGUGACUUCGAAAACUUCCGAGUCUGCGACUCAAAAUCAGACGGUAGUCGUAAAAACGACUACUAUAAUUUCACAGGCUUCCAGCAACGGUACAACUAACGGGGAGGUCGAGACUAUUCAAGCGAGUGAAGAAUCCCAGAUCAACAGUACCACCGUUGAGAGAGAAAUCAACAGUGGAAUCGAAACAACAACAACGCACGCCACCAUUACGCUGCCCCCGAACGUUGAGCUUAGUGCCGCGGAACUGGCAAAAUUAGAAGUCACAACGACCACAGUUACUACCGAAAAAUCGAAGGCACCGUUGGCAAAACCCGAAGAAGUUGGUUCUUAGAAAUCGUAUAAGGAUCAAGAAAAUCAAUGCCUGAAAUCAUCAGGAAAAUUAUCGUUAAGUGUUCUUAAUUAACAAACAAAUGUGUACAGCGGCGUUAGAAUUUUAGUAGACAUUUUAAAAUUUUAACUUUAUAUGCGAAGUUAGCCUUAAUUGUAGCUUAUUAUACGAAACGCGGUCAAGGUUUCAGAAUAUCAAUGGUUGAAUAUCUGGGCUGAAUAAGUUGGAGAGUAAGUUUUGGAACUUAAUAUUUUAAGAUAUUUCUUUUCGAGAUCUUACACUUUUUCAUAAUUACAAUUUUCCUAGCUAAUUCUCAAAUCUCUCUUACCGAUAAGUGAUAUUUUUCCGCCCAGGUUUUCCUCGAUAUUCCGCGACUCGAUAACGCAUUUAACCUUGUUCUGUGUACACAUCCUUUUUAUCAAAGGAAAAAGCGAAUUAACAGUUUCUUGAAUCAACGACCAGUGGAUUAAGGAAUGACGAGAAUUGCAUUUAAAAUAAGUAGGAUACGAAUUUUAAAAAGGCGAUAAUUAUUGAAUUUCACGUGAUGACGAAGAACCAGGGUCCAAUCCAGAUUACCUUUUGAUCUAAGUACAAAGAAAGUGGCCUAUGCUUACGAUCGUAAGUAAAAUUCAAGACUUACAGAAAAAAUAUUUUGAGAAUUUACUCAAUAUACGAUAAGGAUAGCAAUUUUGUGCAAUAACAAGAGCAGAUUUGUUACCUCUGAUUCCAUUCUUCCGAAUAGUAUUAUUACAUAUCUUUCGACCCUGGUAGCAUUUAAUUUUAAGGCACAUUCUGUCUUAACAUUUUAUUUUCCAGAUUCUCGUUACUAUUUUAACAUUUUUAUUAAUCAACAACAUAUGCGUAUUAUGUUAUAACGGGCCACACAGCUUAGUCCCUAUUGGCAAUAUUUCUCAUAUUUUCUUCUGAGAAUCCCAGAAAAAAAACUCCAGCUUUUUUAAUUCGAGCGUUUCGAAUUUUGUGGAUUAUACAAAUUUCAAAGCAAGCCAUAAUUUAAAAAUUAUAUUUUUUACAUUUCGAGUUUUCGCAUUUAACAAGAAUGAAAAAUAUAAAUAUGCUUUUUAAUUUUGUGUCACUUCAGAAAAUGAAUAAACAUUCAAAUGAUCAUGAUUCAAAAUUUUUUUAGUGAACGAAAUUUGAAUUCGAAUUUAUCGAUUGACAAUAAUCUAAAUUUAAAAGGAUUAAAAUCUGAAAGCAAUAGAUUUAAAAAUUUUAUUUAUUUGUUUUUUAAUCAUCCCAAAUAGAGUUUAAUUAGUUUUAUAUUAUAUAAUUAUUUUUACGUUGUACUUUUUUCCUUCUAAAUUUUCUUUUUUGUAAAAACGUGCGCUAAUUUUUUUCUGGAAUAGGGACUGUAUAGCCUAAACUAAGAAAAGAUACCAAUAACGAAAUUAUUAUUGUUUAAUGCACUGACUGGAUCGUAGCUGUAAAAAAGCGUUUUUUUUCAUACACUUAAAAAUCUUUCGUACUUAUAAAUUAAUUAUAAUUUGAAUGAAUUAUCAUAAUUAUAAAUUAAUGAUGAAUCAGAAGUAGGCUCUAGUUGUAGAAUUUUAACUCGUAGAUGUACAGAAAUGAAUUGCACUUAAAAAUCGCAAACAGCCAUAUCGUAAUCUAAAAAAGAGAUGAAAAAGCUUUGAGAAGAUAAUCCUGGGAGAAUAAUUUAUUCAAUCCAAAAUGGACUUAAACCAAUUACAGUAUUUAGGUUUUUUGCAUUCUUUCAUUAUUUGAAUUACACACGGGAUUGAUAAAGUAAGCACAUAUCUAUUUAGAGCCGAGUAAAAAACUAUGAAUAGAAAGUUGAUAUAUAUAAAACACGAGAUGGUAUUUUUUUAUCCAUGUUGUAUGUGUAGUCGUUGUUCCUUUUAUCCGUUUUAUGAGAGUUAAUUGCUUAUUAAUUAAUUAUCACGUUAAGUUGUAAAACUUUCCGAGUUUCCGCCACCGACUGAAAUACGCGAUUGAACUUCAGAUAUGGGAUUUGGAAUUUGAAAGGCAACGAGAAAAUUGGCUGUUUCGACUCUUUUAAAGAAGAAAGUCGGACUGGUUGCGUAAACAUUGUCUUAGUUAUGUACGAUCGUUUAGACACAAUUUAUUUGUUAAGUUCUAUGGUGGAGGACAUUUUUGUACGUAUUAUUUUUACUCUCGGAUUUUUAUCAAUUGUACGUUAGCGUUUUUCCGUUUGAUCUAUGUUGACGUCUAUCUACGGUUUUGAGAAACUUGCACCUCCGAUCUCAAGAAUAACAUUCAAUUCAAUUUUGCUUUCAUUCUUUUAGACUGAGGUGAAUUUAUUACACUGUCGAUAUUCCAUUUAUAAAUAUUAUGUAAAUUUCUGUUUCUGUUAAUGUUUGUUUUUCUUCUUGUGACGUGGUAUUAACUGAAAUAUUUUAUUCAAUUCUUGACCUCCCGCAUUUAAAUCCGAUCGAGUACUGUUAUGUUGACAAAAGCAACGUGGGGCCUUUGUACUUUGUAGAUAAUUUUUUAUUUUCCCGUGUAUCCCGAACAAAAUUUCGCUUUAUAGAGAAAAAUACGCGUGGGUUCAAUUAAUUCGUCAAUUUUUAUGUAAAUGUCCUGAUUAGAUGAAAUUCAUUAUUAAGAGUUUACGUAAUUAUUGUUUCGUGUGUUGUAUAACUGUCGUCUACCAUACGAAAAUGUAUUUGGCGUUUACACGGAUUUGAAAUUUUAAUGAAGAACACGUUUUUGAAAGCUUUUUCUAAUAAAAUCAAUUUCUAUAUGUAUGCGCAAGAAGCUACACUAAUCUGCCUUACUGCUAAAAUUUUAUAUUCGAAUACGGAUUGUAACAUCACUUUAUAUUACAUUAAACUUCUAUAUUUCUGAAAAAA